AUGGCCUCCUUUAGCAUCGUCACCGUCAGCACAAACGCCAAGGGAACAAUGUUGAAGAAGAACUUGAACUGCUCGUACAGAAUGAUGGGGAAGAACGAAAGCGCAUUGUAUUUGGCAUUGGACACCGCGUUGGACGGGAAUCCGUUGUCCAUGUGGGGGAUAAUGACGCGCUCUUCGUGGAAGUUGAUAUCGCCGACGGGGGAGUCGUCGGAGGGCAGUUGGACCCCCUUUUUCUUGCCUCUGGAACCCAGAACCAACCUGUUGGAGGAAUUAAGCAGCGAUUGCACGCCCUUGGACCAGAUAGUUCUGGAGUCGGCCUUGGAAGUAGGUCGCUGGUCAGAAGGGUCGAGAAUCUGGUCGUUGGACGGGAUCAAAGGAAUAUCGCCGUCGUCCAAUCCGUAA